AGUCAAGAAACAUCCAUACAUUCUACGAGUAUGGCGCACAGGUAGCACAGCUCUAUAGAAUAAGUAUAAAACCCCUGGAUUUCACCUCAAGCACUUGACACAAGACUAUACUCGGCAAUCCGACUCAUAACUAUCGUUCUCGAAUAACACAAUAUUUUCAAAUAGCGACCUUUUCAAAUAACAGUAAUCAAAAUGUUCAAAGCCUUUGCUACAGCGAUUCGACGCUUGCUUUCAAGAAUCAACCUCGGCAGCAUUCUAUCUUUCCACUUAGUUGGUUGGGGUAGUAGAAGGGGUGUAAUAAGCCACCGAUUCCCGAGUGUAGUGCAGGAAGCAUCAACGGGCUUAUACAAAUCACGUUCUUCUACUCAACCGCUUAUCAUAUUCAUAUUGGGAGCACCUGGUACAGGGAAAGGUACACUUUCAAAAUUCCUUAAUACGACAUUUUCUAGUCUGACUCACCUAUCCUAUGGUGACUUGAUUCGUUACGAGGAUAGAAUCCCUGGCUCUUGGGUUAGUAGUUUCCCGCGGCGCGAAGGGACCGAAAGACCGAAUAUCCCUGCCCGUUCCGCGGUCACACUGCUCCGGAAUACGAUCGAAGACGGAGUAGUGCGGAACGGGCAGUUGGCUUGGCUCGUGGACGGCUUUCCGCGCCGAGAACAGCAUGUAACGGAAUGGGUAGCGCAGAUGCCGCGGGCUCGUUGCAUACUCUACUUAACCUGUCCCCCCGAGGUCUCGCUCGUACGUGUGCUUGGACGGGCCUCGACAUCAGGGCGGCCGGACGACGCAAAUGAGGUGAGAGCGCGGGAGAGAAUUACGCGUUCCAUUGCGGAGAGCGAAGCAAUGCUCGUCGCCCUUGAAGAGUCGGGCAUGCAGAUAACUAGAGUGGAUGCUAACAGGGACUUCGAGGUUGUACGGGAGGAAGUUCUUCAGGAAAUUCGGGUAAGUUUACGGUAUCGUAUUAAUGCAAAACCGAGAACACAUUUUUAAUACGUUUAUAAACAGAACUUCUUGUAUGACUAAAAAAGGCAUGCUUAAAAGAAUAAUAAUACCAAUGCGAUAGGUAUAAGAGGUAAUAGAGAAGUGGGUAGAUGAGAUGAGUACCCGGAGCUCUGUCUAUGACAUGUGCAACUGAAGACGGCGAAACGCGAUCUGGAUUUAUAAAAUCUUAAGCUCUGACGGGUUUUGCUGGUCGGGUAAAACAAGAAGAAUUUUUUUUUUUUUUUUUACAGUUGUGGUAGAAAUAUGUGGAUAGUAAGAAUUAAAGGCCAUUCAUCAUCUUGGUAGUUAGGGUAGUUGAGAAAGAAAAAAAAUUAUAAUAUUCUCUCUAUUAUUUUC